AUGGUUGACCGCUCUGCUGCGGAACCCACCAUUAGCUCCAGUCUGGUCAACUCUCUUGCCAAGGUGUACGACCCCAACCCUCUUCAUGGUCAGAAACUGGCCGGGACAAAGCAGAUACGUACACCCACUGGACCUGACAAACAACCCCAGGCACCGUCCUCACCCUCUUCCUCCUCCUCUUCUCCGGUCGUUGUUACAUGGUGCGUUGAGACUGAAAGCCGCAUGGACUCUCUAAACAGCCAGAUGGAGCGUCUGCUUAACAUCCAGGAGACCGUCAUCACCCGGCUGGACGGCCUGUCCCGGGACCUGGGGGGCGUGGGGAGGGAGGUGGCAUCUCUCCGGGCCGGGGCCUGGGGGUCGGCUGGAGGUCUGGGCCAGACCCAGGGUAAGACCCAGACCCAGGGGGUGGAGGUGGAGGUUCAGGCCCAGGAGGUGGCUGUGGCCUGUAGGGUGCUCCAGGGGGUGGUGCAGGAGGCCAGCCAGCGAGUGGAGCAACAGGGGAAGAGGCUGGAGGGAGUGGAGAGGCUGGUGGAGGGUCAGGCCCAGGAGGUGGCUGUGGCCUGUAGGGUGCUCCAGGGGGUGGUGCAGGAGGCCAGCCAGCGAGUGGAGCAGCAGGGGAAGAGGCUGGAGGGAGUGGAGAGGCUGGAGGAGGGAAUGCUUCAGGUCAUUGGUUUCAUCGGAGAGGUGGUGAAGAGCUCUCUGCUGGCUGAGCUGCUGUUUAAUAAGCCUGGAGGAUGUAAGGGGGCUAAGGCCAAACAAGCCAGGAAGCUGAAGGGCAACGGGAUGAGGGAUGGGAAGGACAAGGCCAAGCUCAGCCUGAAGUGCCUGAAAGCCCAGAAGAAGAAGCCUCCAGAUGCAUCAGACUCUGUAGAGGCCCUCCUUCUAGACCAGGUAGAGAAGCUCAACAGGCAUAAUGCUGAGCGUUCCCAUGGUAAUGGGGUGGUUCUGGACAUGCCCCACAUCCCUGUUGUCCAAUACAUGGAAGAGCUAGAGGGGAAGGAGGAGGAGAAGAGGGAAACCCCUGAGCAGGAGGAAGAGCAGAGGGCCAGAGAAGAAGAGGAAGGGGAGGGGGAUAUAUUUGGUGAAUCUGACCCCGAGGAAGAGGAGGGAAGAGAGGGAGAGGCACUGAAGAUUAAGGUGGAGCACAUUCAAAAGGAAGGAGGGGAGAAAGAGUCAUCAGAACCUCUAGAAAGUUCUGCGGAGUUAGGUGAGGUGGCUGCCAGCAGUAAACGUGGAAUCAAAGAGGAGUAUUGGGUGAAAGAUAACUUGAAGAAGAGUCGAGUGGAGGAAAGGAAAGAGGGGGAAGAGGAGGACGUUCCUGAGGGUUCAGAGCUUCAGGCUGCCCAAUCAGAGGCAGAGAAGACGCAGAAGGAAGAGGAUGUGGAUGAUGGACAGCCAAAAGAGUACAUCAUUGACUCUAGCCCUCCGCUAGCAGCCCCCUUUGACCACCGCAUCGUGACUCCGAAACCUCACCAGGUUACUACCUUCUACACCAUUAAUAGAGAGGAGGUCCUAGGAGGGGGACGUUUUGGACAAGUCCAUAAAUGCGUAGAGAACUCUUCUGGACUGAAGCUGGCUGCCAAGAUUAUCAAAGCCAGGAGCCAGAAAGAGAAGGAAGUGGUGAAGAAUGAGAUCCAGGUGAUGAACCAACUCAAUCAUGCCAACCUGAUCCAGCUCUACGCUGCCUUCGAGUCACACCACGACAUCAUCCUCGUCAUGGAAUAUGUGGAUGGAGGGGAGCUGUUUGACCGGAUCAUAGACGAGAACUACAACCUGACAGAGCUGGAUACGGUGCUGUUCAUCAGACAGAUCUGUGAGGGAUUACAGUACAUGCAUAAGAUGUACAUCUUACAUCUUGACCUCAAGCCGGAGAACAUUCUGUGUGUGAGCAGAGCUACAAACAAGAUCAAAAUAAUAGACUUUGGGCUUGCAAGAAGGUAUAAGCCCAGGGAAAAGUUGAGGGUUAAUUUUGGAACGCCGGAAUUCCUCGCUCCGGAAGUCAUCAACUAUGAAUUUGUCUCAUUCCCCACAGACAUGUGGAGUCUGGGGGUCAUCACAUACAUGCUGCUGACUGGUCUGUCUCCAUUCCUUGGUGACGAUGACAACGAGACACUGAACAACAUCCUUGCCUGUCAGUGGAACUUUGAGGAGGAGGAGUUCACCGACAUCUCUGAGGAGGCCAAAGACUUCAUUGCGCGCCUUCUGAUCAAGAGCAAUAGUUGGAGGAUGAGUGCCUCACAGUCACUGAAACAUUCCUGGCUGUCAGACCGUAAUCUUCACUACCGCCUGCAUCAGAAGAAAAAUAAGUGCCACUCAACGCACCCUCACCCUCCCCGAAAAUCUAGACCGUCUCCCCUCCAAAAGGACUCCCAAGACCCUGUGGGCACCUUAUGAUGAUACGGGCAGGUGCCUAUUGUUGACACUGGGGCCGGGGCCCAACCUGGACCAACACUGCUGUACCUGUAUGGCGACUUCGAUCACUACUCUCUGCACUGCCUCACAUCCUCGCAUUCGUUAUCUUUACACCGCGGCUCGCUACAGAUGGGAGGGUGUGAGGCCGACAGGAAGUUUAGGGGUACAUUUCUACCUCCAAACCCAGCCCCCUCCCACUCUGUUACUCUGGCCACAACAUCACCAAAGACUCUCAGCUAACAAUGUCCACAGUGGCGCGCGGUUCACCAUGCGAUCAUUCAGUCCAGCAAGCACAAGAAGAAGGAACCUUCGGCCAUGACAAGGGAAGAGGGGAUUGCAGGUGGGGUGGCCAACAACUGUUUGUUCAGCAGCUGAAUGUCCCUUAUGGGCCAGUGCAUUGCUCUCAUAGCUUCAGUUGGGUAACUGAAAGAACCCCGUUGGGACAGAGCGGACAUGUGCAGCCCCCGAGCUGAGGUUUAGGAGGAGGGCUUCUAGUCUGAGAGGACAUCAUGCACAGCCCCUCGGACCCAGUAAGGCAUCAUCCUGCUGAAUGAAAGAUGAGGCGUGGCGUGAAAUAGCGGAGUGCCCGUUUUCCCCCAGUAGAAAUUGUAUCCAGUAUUGACGUAGUAUUUAUUAUAUUGCAAUGAAUGUGGUGUAACGGUUACCUAAAACUUGACAUUACUUGAUAAAGAAACGUGUUAAUAUGAUGGCUACCGUCAUAAUAGUUUUCUGUAAUUAAUAAAGGUUAUUUUUAAUUAAUUAAUUAAUACAUAAAGGUUAUUUUUAAUUAAUUAAUGAAUACAUAAAGGUAUUUUGCAGAGUCACAUGUUAUAAGCAUCAUGCCCUGAACUUUAAUGGAUCACUAUCGAGUACAAACUGAACCCCCAUCAUAUAAUUUAUAUUGUACAUUUUCAGCAUACUGUGGAUGUGAAAUACCUUCUCACAGUUUACCAAGUCUUGUCAUACCAAUGCUUUUUUAUUUAUUUGAGAGGUUUUGAAUUAGAAGUCUGGUGUGGGAGCAUUUCUUUUCCUCGUCUUUUCAUAGUUUCUAGUUAGGAGUGCUUUUUUUCUUCUUUACAUUUGACAAUACUGUCCAUUUCUUCUUCAUUUGCCCCAUUGAAGUUUGUUGUAUUAAUUGAUUAUUCCUUAGUAUUUGCUCUUCCCAUUGCUGCUAACGUUACUUUCUCCUGGCACCACAGGUGUGAAUUUACUAUAAAACCACCUCUGUGCUUGCAUGCUGUUGGCUUGACCUUUGACCCUGCUUUGCUUUGGCCAUUUGGAGUAGCCCUCUCACCUUCCAUGAAGGCAUACUACUGAACACUACCUAUAUGAUUGAAUAAUUCAUGUUUAUCACUGAAGUUAGUCGCCAUCCGCUGGGCACAGAUGUCAGUUCGACGUCUAGUUUCCAUUUACAUUUGGUUCAGUUGUCAACUAACGUGAAUUCAAUAAUUAUUUAGGUUAAAAGAUUUAUGUUAAAAGUUGGGUGAAAAAAAAGACGAAGUGCCCUCACGUUGAUAACGUAAAUCCAAUUAUACUGAACAAAAAUAUUUACACAACAUGUAAAGUGUUGAUCCCAUGUUUCAUGAGCUGAAACAAGGGACCGGCCCCCCCCCCCCCCACAUUCUGAAAUUGCAUUUUUG